CCCUUGACGCAUGCGCAGUUCUAGGAGACCUUGGAGUUGAGAAGAAGCUGUAAACCGACGGGGCAAAAUGCAGAGCUGGAGCAGGGUGUACUGCACCUUAAAUAAGAAUCCCUUCAAUCGAAUUCCUCAGGGGUUGCAGAGGUUAUGUGCAGUGCCUCUAAGAACCUAUUCAGACAAACCAUUGGAAGCGGAUGUCACAGUAAUUGGCUCUGGCCCUGGAGGUUAUGUUGCUGCUAUUAAAGCUGCCCAGCUUGGCUUCCAGACCGUUUGUGUGGAGAAGAAUGAAACCUUGGGUGGGACCUGUUUAAAUGUUGGCUGUAUUCCUUCUAAGGCUUUGUUGAACAACUCUCACCUGUAUCAUUUAGCGCAUGGAAAAGAUUUUUCAAGUAGAGGAAUUGAAGUGACUGGCCUCAAUUUAAACCUAGAAAAGAUGAUGGAGCAGAAAAGUGGUGCAGUGAAGUCUCUUACAUCUGGUAUUGCUCAUUUAUUUAAACAGAACAAGGUUGUCCAUGUUCAAGGUUUUGGAAGAAUCACAGGCAAAAACCAAGUAACCGCAACCAAAGCCGAUGGCACUUCCCAAGUUAUCAACUCUAAGAACAUUCUUGUAGCUACAGGUUCUGACGUGGCUCCAUUCCCAGGAAUAGAGAUAGAUGAAGAGACCAUUGUGUCAUCAACUGGUGCUCUGUCUCUGAAUAAAGUCCCCGAGAAGAUGGUGGUGAUUGGUGCUGGUGUAAUAGGAGUGGAAUUGGGCUCUGUAUGGCAACGCUUAGGAGCAGAUGUUACAGCAGUUGAAUUUUUGGGUCAUGUUGGUGGUGUUGGCAUUGACAUGGAAAUCUCCAAAAAUUUCCACCGUAUCCUUCAAAAACAGGGUCUGAAGUUUAAGCUGAACACAAAGGUCACUGGUGCUACAAAGAGGCAGGAUGGGAAAAUUGAUGUUUCUAUUGAAGCAGCUGCUGGUGGUAAAGCAGAAGUAAUCACUUGUGAUGUUUUACUUGUGUGCAUUGGCCGCCGUCCCUACACUCAAAAUCUUGGCUUGCAAGAACUUGGUAUUGAACUGGACAACAAAGGCAGAAUUCCAAUCAACACAAGAUUUCAGACAAAAAUCCCAAACAUCCAUGCCAUUGGUGAUGUAGUGGCUGGACCAAUGUUGGCUCACAAAGCAGAAGAUGAAGGUAUUAUCUGCGUAGAAGGGAUGGCUGGAGGUGCAGUUCACAUAGACUAUAACUGUGUACCCUCUGUAAUAUAUACGCAUCCAGAGGUGGCUUGGAUUGGCCGGUCAGAGGAGCAGUUGAAAGAAGAGGGUACAGAGUACAAAGUUGGAAAGUUUCCAUUUGCAGCAAACAGUCGAGCGAAGACAAAUGCUGACACAGAUGGUUUGGUGAAAAUCCUAAGCCAUAAGUCUACAGACAGAAUGCUUGGUGCUCAUAUACUUGGAGCAGGUGCCGGAGAGAUGAUUAAUGAAGCUGCACUUGCUAUGGAAUAUGGAGCAUCCUGUGAAGAUAUAGCCCGAGUGUGUCAUGCUCAUCCUACUGUAUCAGAAGCCUUCAGGGAAGCCAACUUGGCUGCAUCAUUUGGCAAAGCCAUCAAUUUUUAGGUGGUUCUAAAAAAACUCUACAUGUACAUAGGUUUCUAAAAAAGGGUUGAUCAGUGUGUUGAUGUACAACACUUGGACACCAUAUCUUGCUGAAUCCAGUGGUCUAUUAGUGGAAAAUAACUUAACAUUUUGUUAGUAAUAUGAAAUGCAUACAAAGAAACAAGAAUUUAAAUUCAACUGAGACUUGAAAAAGUAGGCUGACAUCUGAACAUCUCUGUUUUAUAACUGUUUCAUUAUUGGAAACCAUGCCAUAAAAAUGUAAUGAUUGUAAAAAUAUUUCGUAUUAAGAAUGCAUUCUAAUUGUAUUGAAAAGAUUUGAGAAACCUGCACAUUGUCUGUCCUCUUAUUUUUAUUUCUUCCACCAUACAGAAUUGUGGAAAUGUAAUUUGACAUAUACAUCCUGUAAAUGCUGCCAUCCAUGGUAGGGCUGUUUUCCUAUUCUAUUAAAUAUUGCUUGUGCCAGUUCCAUCCAGGUAUAUGUACCAACAUGUCAAAACAUAUUCAGAAAUAAAUACAUUAAAAUAUAUAUUUAUUGCUAA